AUGAAGACCGUGGUGCCUGGAGCACUGAACGCUCCCCGCUCCCCUUCCCGCUCUCCCCACGUUCCCCUUUCCGCUCACCUUCCCGCUCCCCUAACCCGCUCCCCUCACCGCUCUCCUCCCCGAUCCCCUCCUCGCUACCCUUCCCGCUCUCCUCCCGGUCCCCUUUCCGCUCUCCUCCCCGAUCCCCUCAGUGCUACCCUCCCCGCUCCCAACCCCUUUUCGCUUCCCGCUCUCCUCCCGCUCCCCUCCCCGCUCUCCUCCCGCUCCCUUCCCCGCUCCCCUCCCGCUCCCCACCCUAUCCCCUUCCCGCUCUCCUCCCCGCUCCCCUCCCCGCUCCCCUCCCGCUCCCCACCCUAUCCCCUUCCCGCUCUCCUCCCCGAUCCCCUCAGUGCUCCCCUCCUCGCUCCCCUCAGUGCUCCCCUCCUCGCUCCCCUUCCCGCUCCCCUCCCCGCUCCCCUCCCUGCUCCUCUCCCCGCUCCCCUUCCCGCUCCCCUCACCGCUCCCCUUCCCGCUCCCCUUCCCGCUCCCCUCCCCGCUCCCCUUCCCGCUCCCCUCACCGCUCCCCUCACCGCUCCUCUCCCCGCUCCCCUCCCCGCUCCCCUCCCCGCUCCCCUUCCCGCUCCCCUUCCCGCUCCCCUCCCCGCUCCCCUUCCCGCUCCCCUCCCCGCUCCUCUCCCCGCUCCCCUCCCCGCUCCCCGCUCCCCUUCCCGCUCCCCUCUCCGCUCCCCUCCCCGCUCCCCUUCCCGCUCCCCUCCCUGCUCCUCUCCCCGCUCCCCUUCCCGCUCCCCUCCCCGCUCCCCUUCCCGCUCCCCUCCCCGCUCCCCUCACCGCUCCCCUUCCCGCUCCCCUCACCGCUCCCAUUCCCGCUCCCCUCACCGCUCCCCUUCCCGCUCCCCUUCCCGCUCCCCUCCCUGCUCCUCUCCCCGCUCCCCUUUCCGCUCCCCUCACCGCUCCCCUUCCCGCUCCCCUCACCGCUCCCAUUCCCGCUCCCCUCCCCGCUCCCCUUCCCGCUCCCCUUCCCGCUCCCCUCACCGCUCCCCUUCCCGCUCCCCUCACCGCUCCCAUUCCCGCUCCCCUCCCUGCUCCUCUCCCCGCUCCCCUUCCCGCUCCUCUCCCCGCUCCCCUCACCGCUCCCCUUCCCGCUCCCCUCACCGCUCCCAUUCCCGCUCCCCUCACCGCUCCCCUUCCCGCUCCCCUCACCGCUCCCCUUCCCGCUCCCCUCACCGCUCCCCUCCCUGCUCCUCUCCCCGCUCCCCUUCCCGCUCCCCUCCCUGCUCCUCUCCCCGCUCCCCUUCCCGCUCCCCUCACCGCUCCUCUCCCCGCUCCCCUCCCUGCUCCUCUCCCCGCUCCCCUUCCCGCUCCCCUCACCGCUCCCCUUCCCGCUCCCCUCCCUGCUCCUCUCCCCGCUCCCCUCACCGCUCCCCUCACCGCUCCCCUUCCCGCUCCCCUCACCGCUCCCAUUCCCGCUCCCCUCACCGCUCCCCUCCCUGCUCCUCUCCCCGCUCCCCUUCCCGCUCCCCUCACCGCUCCCCUUCCCGCUCCCCUCACCGCUCCCAUUCCCGCUCCCCUCCCCGCUCCCCUUCCCGCUCCCCUUCCCGCUCCCCUCACCGCUCCCCUUCCCGCUCCCCUUCCCGCUCCCCUCACCGCUCCCCUUCCCGCUCCCAUUCCCGCUCCCCUCCCUGCUCCUCUCCCCGCUCCCCUUCCCGCUCCUCUCCCCGCUCCCCUCACCGCUCCCCUUCCCGCUCCCCUCACCGCUCCCAUUCCCGCUCCCCUCACCGCUCCCCUCACCGCUCCCCUCACCGCUCCCCUUCCCGCUCCCCUCACCGCUCCCAUUCCCGCUCCCCUCACCGCUCCCCUCCCUGCUCCUCUCCCCGCUCCCCUUCCCGCUCCCCUCACCGCUCCCCUUCCCGCUCCCCUCACCGCUCCCAUUCCCGCUCCCCUCCCCGCUCCCCUCACCGCUCCCCUCCCCGCUCCCCUCACCGCUCCCCUUCCCGCUCCCCUCACCGCUCCCCUUCCCGCUCCCCUUCCCGCUCCCCUCACCGCUCCCCUUCCCGCUCCCAUUCCCGCUCCCCUCCCUGCUCCUCUCCCCGCUCCCCUUCCCGCUCCUCAACCCGCUCCCCUCACCGCUCCCCUUCCCGCUCCCCUCACCGCUCCCAUUCCCGCUCCCCUCACCGCUCCCCUCACCGCUCCCCUCACCGCUCCCCUUCCCGCUCCCCUCACCGCUCCCCUUCCCGCUCCCCUCACCGCUCCCAUUCCCGCUCCCCUCACCGCUCCCCUCACCGCUCCCCUCACCGCUCCCCUUCCCGCUCCCCUCACCGCUCCCAUUCCCGCUCCCCUCACCGCUCCCCUCACCGCUCCCCUCACCGCUCCCAUUCCCGCUCCCCUCCCUGCUCCUCUCCCCGCUCCCCUUCCCGCUCCUCUCACCGCUCCUCUCCCCGCUCCCCUUCCCGCUCCCCUCACCGCUCCCAUUCCCGCUCCCCUCACCGCUCCCCUCCCUGCUCCUCUCCCCGCUCCCCUUCCCGCUCCCCUCACCGCUCCCCUUCCCGCUCCCCUUCCCGCUCCCCUCACCGCUCCCCUUCCCGCUCCCCUCUCCGCUCCCCUCCCCGCUCCCCUUCCCGCUCCCCUCCCUGCUCCUCUCCCCGCUCCCCUCACCGCUCCCCUCCCCGCUCCCCUUCCCGCUCCCCUCCCCGCUCCCCUUCCCGCUCCCCUCCCUGCUCCUCUCCCCGCUCCCCUCACCGCUCCCCUUCCCGCUCCCCUCACCGCUCCCCUUCCCGCUCCCCUUCCCGCUCCCCUCACCGCUCCCCUUCCCGCUCCCCUCUCCGCUCCCCUCCCCGCUCCCCUUCCCGCUCCCCUCCCUGCUCCUCUCCCCGCUCCCCUCACCGCUCCCCUCACCGCUCCCCUUCCCGCUCCCCUCACCGCUCCCAUUCCCGCUCCCCUCACCGCUCCCCUUCCCGCUCCCCUCACCGCUCCCCUUCCCGCUCCCCUCACCGCUCCCCUUCCCAACUUGCCGUUGCAUGUGUGGCAGUCAACAUAAGAGAAAGGAUUCUGAAACAGAAAGGAGCAAACGUUCCUAUUGUGUUUGCGGCUAACAAGACAGACAUUGGUCAAUCUGUUGACCAGAUCGAGAGGGUUUAUAGGGACCUCAAUAUCAGCUGUGAAUGGGAGCACGGACAUGUGGAGAUAUCAGCUGAGAAGGAUGACAGUGUUUUCAAGUUGACGCAUGCUUCCGUCGCAUGUCUGUCGGACGAGAAUGUGUCCCUCUAUGGCAAUACAUUCCCCAUGAUCUGUCUGGAUAGACCGUCCGUCGUACCUCCAGGCCUGAUGCCCCCCUUCACCAUGGCAUCUGGCCAUUUGGACUUCCCUCGAGAACCCAGAAUCCAUGCAAUGGAGGCUGUAUCUUAUCUCACCCAGUUCGCUCAUAUCCCAGAACUGACUUCCUACGUUUUCAUGACAAGGCCACACUUCUAA